GCAAGGGAACUCACUCCUCAAGCUGCUCACAACACUUCAGCCAGCCGCUAGCAAGAGAUGGCUCUACUUGCUGCCGCUACCCUGAAUCCCACCACCCACCUUAGCCUUAGAAGCCGUGCAGGACGCAACAGUGAGAACCUAUGGCUCCGGUCUGCUGCUUCAUCACAGAAGAGCAAGGGAAGGUUCUGUAACCUCACCGUCAGGGCAGGCACACCGUCAAAGCCAGCAGAGCCCAUUGGGCCUGUGUUCACUAAGCUCAAGCCCUGGCAAAUCCCUAAAAGGGACUGGUUCGACAAGGACUUCCUCUUUGGUGCCUCCACUUCAGCGUACCAGAUUGAAGGUGCUUGGGAUGAAGAUGGCAAGGGGCCAAGCACUUGGGACCACUUCUGCCACAAAUAUCCUGAGCGCAUAUCGGACAGGACCAAUGGGGACGUUGCAGCAGACUCCUACCAUCUGUAUGAAGAGGAUGUCAAAGCGCUGAAGGACAUGGGCAUGAAAGUGUAUAGGUUCUCCAUCUCUUGGUCGAGAAUACUGCCAAAUGGGACGGGGGAAGUAAACCAGGCAGGCAUCGACUACUACAAUAACCUGAUCAACUCACUGAUAAGUCACGACAUAGUGCCAUAUGUUACAAUUUGGCACUGGGACACCCCUCAAGCACUGGAAGACAAGUACGGCGGCUUCUUAGAUCUGCAGAUUGUAGAUGAUUACAAACAAUUCGCCAAGGUGUGCUUUGAGAGCUUCGGCGACAGGGUGAAGAACUGGUUCACCUUUAACGAGCCACAUACGUAUUGUUGUUUCUCCUAUGGAGAGGGGAUUCAUGCUCCUGGGAGGUGCUCGCCGGGGAUGGAUUGUGCCGUCCCAGAAGGAGACUCGCUCAGAGAGCCAUACACUGCUGGUCACCACAUCCUCUUAGCUCACGCUGAGGCUGUUGAGAUGUUCCGAACGCAUUACAACAUGCAUGGAGAUUCCAAAAUAGGGAUGGCUUUUGACGUAAUGGGUUACGAGCCAUACCAAGACUCCUUCCUCGACGAUCAGGCCCGGGAAAGAUCCAUCGACUACAACCUCGGAUGGUUCCUGGAGCCAGUGGUUCGUGGUGACUACCCCUUCUCCAUGAGAUCACUGAUCGGAGAUCGGCUACCCGUGUUCACUAAGGAGGAGCAAGAGAAGCUAGCCUCGUCAUGUGACAUCAUGGGGCUCAAUUAUUACACCUCCAGGUUCUCCAAGCAUGUUGACAUUUCACCGGACGUUACGCCAAAGCUGAACACCGACGACGCUUACGCCAGUUCAGAAACUACAGGGAGUGACGGGAAUGACAUCGGUCCUAUAACUGGGACUUAUUGGAUUUACAUGUACCCAAAAGGCCUAACGGACCUCCUUCUGAUCAUGAAGGAGAAAUACGGAAACCCACCCAUCUUCAUCACUGAGAACGGAAUCGCUGACGUGGACGGCGACGAAACCAUGCCAGAUCCGUUGGAUGACUGGAAAAGGCUAGACUACCUCCAGCGCCACAUCUCAGCAGUCAAGGACGCAAUAGACCAAGGCGCAGACGUACGGGGCCACUUCACCUGGGGUUUGAUUGACAACUUCGAGUGGGGCAGCGGCUACAGCUCACGUUUCGGCCUCGUCUACAUUGACAAAAAUGACGGCUUCAAGCGCAAGCUCAAGAAGUCAGCCAAGUGGUUCGCCAAGUUCAACGCCGUCCCAAAACACUUGCUUGGUACUACCAAGCCAACUGGGCAAGCUCCCGUGUGACGGAGAAGCAAUGUUAUGUUCAAAUAAAUAAUCCAAUGCUCAAUGCAUGGUAUGCAGUUUGAAGAAUAAGUAAUCCAAUGGAUGCAAUAAAAUGAAGGAAUGUGGCCAUUUACUACCGGUGAUGUUGAAUUAGUAGCAUUGACUCCAGAGGGUGUAGCUCUUCAACAUCCCGCUCUGGCUUCUGGUUUGUUUUCUUUAUGUUGGGCUUACCUGUGUUGCAGCCCAGCCCAAAUUAUUUCCUUUUUGCUUGGUGAACCUUCGUAUUCGAUAACUAUGUAUUUGUGGAACUCGCCGACUUAUCUAUAAAGUGGGGCUUCAUGCCUGUUUUUUAUUA